AUGAACAGUGUCGAGGUCUUCGUCAAGGUCUUCGUCAAGGUCUCCGUCAAGGUCUCCGUCAAGGUCUCCGUUAAGGUCUUCGUCAAGAUCUUCUUCAAGACGAUCUUGGAAACUGCACUGAAAGCCCAAAUCAGGAUUCUGAGACGCGAAUUGGCGGAAUUGCAGGCAAAAUUGGACAAGCUCGAAGCCAAGGAGUUGCGUCGCGGCGCACUCAAGAAGCACACCUUUUACGAGGAACCUUUCGUCAUUUCUUUCCCCGAGGACGAAGAGGUCUAUCUUGCCUCUGAAGAUAAGCAGCACGGCGAGAUGCCUGAGUACUUUUACCGUGCAUUCCACGAGACCUCUGGCACCUUGAGCUGCUACGUAACCAAAGACUGCUGGCCCAGUGUGCAUCCAAAGUACAAGAAAGGGGCUGCGUUCCAGUCUCUCAAUGAGUUCUUACCGGUGCGAGAUUUGACUUUCGAACGGGUCUUGCGACACUUCAAUUGGCAACAGAAGAACCCGACCACUUCGUACAUAUCGGUCUUCGAUAACUACGCCAUGACAGAACGACGAGCGCACUUCUUGUACCACGAGAGCGCACGCCACCCACGUCGCAUCUCUGUUGCUCGUUGCAUCAAUCGAGAUCUUAAGCCUGCUUUUUUUGAGACGACAGAGAUUCUUUCUGCGGACCUAAUCGAGGCUGCCAAAUCGAAACGUCUCGGUAAAAAGACGAUCACCGAUAGUGCAAAGUCUCCAGAGGUUGCUACUAGACAGAAAUCACUCGCUAACUGUUCGCCUUCUGCGACUCCCGUCAACACAGUUGAAGAUACAGAAUCUACGCCGGAAAAGGCCCAGGAGAAUACCAUCGUCCCCAAGGAAACACGCAAGGUCAAGAUACCUAUCUGGGUUCGAAAGAGCGCAGUACCGGAGGAUCGCGCGGACAUCACUAUCCAAGAGUUCGAAGCUUCUGGUUCGGAUAUCUGGUUGUCAGUACGGGAGAACCAAAAGACUGGCUUAAAUCUUCCCACGGCCUGUCGCGGUCAGCCAGAGGAAUGGCUUGCUGGUGGCGUCAUACCCAAGGAAUAUGUCGACCAUGUAUGGCCCUUCGAUGGUACGAAGGUUCACACCCAUGACGGAGAUAAAGUCGUGACAAGCUCAGCGGAGGUCGACUAUGAGUUCGGACCAAAAGACCGGAUCUGGCGCUCAAAGACCGAGAUGCGUAACCUCGAACAAGCUUUCAAGCGCAACAGGAUCGAGAAGCGCAAGUCUGCAGAUGUUAAUUCUGCAUCCUCAAAACGCCAAAAGCCAGAUACCGAGUCUUAG